CUUACAUCUGGGCCUACACAACACAACAAAAAUAGAACUAACCUGCUUUACAAUCUCAACAAAAUUCUUUAACUUCUAAUAGAAGAUAAAUUGUAAAAUUCUUCAAGAUGCCUUGCGUCUUUAAUCCUGGCUAUAUUGGACCCAAUCCGCCUUGCUGUGAUCCGGAUUGCACUGAUGAGAAUAAUUGCAAUAAUCCCGAGUGUGGACCAUGUCCAGGACCUAAUGCACCUUGUGGCGGCUGUGCACCUCCUAUCGAUGCGGGAAAGGCAUGUGCUGUGACUGUCGCACCUGUAGAAUUGUCUCAAGAAGCUCCUAAAGAAGAGCCUAAAGAUUGUGAAGCUUGUAGCAAUAAAGCUAGCGUCAUAGCUCCUUCCACUCCAACAAAUCAAUCAGCACAAUAGCAAUUUAAAUUAAAUUAUUAAAGCCCUUUUAACCAAAA